AUGAGCGUCGCAUUCGAAGUUUUUCGUGGUUCGAAAGAGGGCAAGAUCGUCGCCGACACCACAACACGCACCUUGGGCCCCAAUGAAGUCUACAUCGAGACCACGCACUCCGGCCUUUGUGGAACAGACGAGCACUUCCUGAAGUCCGGUAUCGUCCUCGGCCACGAGGGUGUGGGAAUUGUGCGCCAGAUUGGCCCAAAUGUCAAGAAUGUCAAGGCUGGAGAUCGUGUUGGAUUCGGAUACACCCACUAUGUCUGCGGAACUUGUGAGAAGUGUUUGACUGGGUGGGACCAAUACUGCGAGAACAAGAAGGAAUACGGCACACAUGACCACGAUGUUGGAUCUCUCAGCGGCGGUGCUGUUUGGGAUGCUGGCUGUGUGGUCCCCAUUCCCGAAGGAUACGAUUCUGCGGACGCAGCCCCCCUGAUGUGCGCUGGCGCCACAGUGUGGACAUGUUUGACCGAAUAUGGUGUCCGUCCCACCGAUCGAGUGGGCGUGAUGGGUAUUGGUGGACUAGGUCACUUGGCAAUCAAGCUGGCCUCCGCCAUGGGAUGCCACGUCGUGGUGUUCUCCAGCUCCGAAGCGAAGCGGGAGGAAGCCUUCAGCUUCGGUGCCUCCGAGUACCAUGUCUUCCGCGCCGGCCAGGAAUUGAAAGAUUGCAAGCCGGUGAACCAUCUUCUGCUGUGCGGCAGUGCCAAUGUCGAUUAUUCCUCUCUCAUUCCUUUGAUGGAUAUCCAUGGAUCCAUUUACCCAUUGACCGUCGACUUCGCACCCUCCCCCGUUCCGCUCCUGUACAUGAACGUCAAGGGUAUCCGGAUCCAGGGAUCUUUGGUGGCGUCUCGGCAGAGCCUUCGGUCCUUGGUGCAGUUCGCAGCUGAUAAGAAGAUUGUCCCGACAUCAAUGCAGUUCCCUUUGACUCAGGAGGGAGUUGAAGAGGCAAUGGAAACUCUUCGUCAGGGCAAGAUGCGUUACCGGGGUGUUCUUGUGCGUUAA